UUAGCUCUGAUUCAAACUACAGAGAUUCCUCAACAGAUCUCUUUGACUGUGGCUGAACUUGGUGAUAAUCUGACUUUGACAUGCCCAAUCUUUGAGGAGGAGGCUGGGUUAUUUUACUGGUAUAAACAGAGUUUUGGAUAUAUGUUCCAGACUAUUGCUAUGGGAUCUUUUGGCAAAAUCCCACUUAAAACACCAUUUAAUGACUCAAGAUUCAACGUUACAAAAGGCAAUACCCAUUAUUUUCUUAACAUCAGAAAUGUAAGCAAAGAAGAUGAAGCAACAUACUUUUGUCAAGCUGGAUCUGCAUACGUAAUGAACUUUAUUAAUGGCACACAUCUGGCUGUGAAAGAUCAUAGAGAACAGCAGAACUCUUUCUACGUGAAACAAAUUCCGAAGUCGGAGUCAGUCCAGUCGGGCAAGUCAAUGACUUUGCAGUGUUCACUUCUUUCCAAGAAGAAAGAAAACAGAGCCCAGUGUCCAGACCAACGCAAUGUGUACUGGUUCAAAGCUGGAUCAGCAGACUCACACCCAGGUGUCAUUUACACUGAGAAAACCAGCUGUGAUGAACAAGAGGAAAGGAGCUGUGUCUACAGUCUGUCCAAAACUAUACAGAACUCCUCUGAUACUGGGACUUACUACUGUGCUGUGAUCUCAUGUGGACAGAUCCUGUUUGGAGAGGGAACAAAAGUGGAGAUAGGACAAAAACUGUGUCCAUUUCUCAUUGUGCUUGGGACACUGCUGGCCUGCUGUGUGAUUGUGAUUGCUGCUCUGAUUGUCUUCAGGAAUCGAAGGUCAGCUUGUAAACAUUGCAAAGGAAGAUUAACGGCUUCUUAUCAUGUUGGAAAUGAAAGACCAGCAGAGGUCCAACCAAGUACUGAGGAUGGUGAUGCAACAGCACUGAAUUAUGUAGCACUGGAUUUCCCCUCAAGAAAAGCUAAAAGAUUGAAGAAUAAAAGCGAGUUACCACAGGACUGUUUGUACUCUGGCAUGAGAGACUGACAGUGAAAUCCCCAUGAUGAAGAAACAUCUGAUAUGUGCAUUGUCAGAUACAAUUCCUGUUUAGGAGAAGUAAG